GUUUUGCAUUUGCACGUGAAUUGCAUUGAAUGUCUUGAGUUUUGUGACUUGUGAGAGCUAGAGAUCUAUGUUUAAUUGACGAAGCGGAUAAGGCGACUAGACACCCACGGCGGAAAUAAGCUUGAUUUGAAGAAAAUUCCAGUGCAAUCCUAAAAAAUGGCAGAACCAGUUGAAGAUAUACCAGUUGAGGAACCUGAAGCUGAAGUAGAGGUUCCCAAGAAGAGUAAAAAGAAGGACAAGCAGGACAGAGCCAACUAUCCCCUGAAAGUAAACUAUUGCGGAGUCUGUUCCAUGCCCUUUGAGUACUGUGAGUACCUGGCAGACUACGACAAAUGCAAGAGAUGGUGGGAGGAGCAUUUCCCAGACUUCUUCGAGCGAGCGAUGAAGAUUGGAGACGGUGUGGAUGGGGAAGGAGACGAUCCCAAGAAACGACAAAAACGAGGUGGACGAGGUGUAAUCAAAGCAAAGAAGCAGGUGGAAAAGUCUAAAAUCUCUGUGGGCCGAGUAACAAGAAACAAGAAGAAAUUUGUCACAGUAGUCAAGGGUCUUGAAACACAUGGUGUCUCAUUAAAAGAAGCAGCUAAACUCUUUGGAAGGCAUUUUUCUUGCGGGUCGUCGGUGUCUGGAGAUGAAAUUGUUAUACAGGGCGAUUUUGUGGAGGAUGUCAUGGUCUUACUUGUCGAAAAAUAUCCUGAGAUUGAGGAAGACGAUAUUGAAGACAUUGGGAAACAAAAGAGAUGAUGUCACCAUCACUGGAGGACUGAUGCGGAGGAGGGAACAGCUUUGGCUGGGAGAGAGGAAGAGAGAGAGAGAGAGAGAGAGAGAGAGAGAGAGAGAGGAGACAACCUGCAAAGGCAUUGACGUCACAAACAAUACAUAUUUUUUUCUUCUACUGGAUUAAGAGAAUGCUCAGUCCAGAAAUCAAUCUGCUGUUAAGCAGUAAAACUACAUGCAUGUGCUUUUAAAGUACCGACAUAAAGCCAUAGACAAAAUGGAAAAUUAAGCAACCUGAGACCCAUUUCACAAAGCCUUUUUUCAAUGACAAAUCUGCUGAUAACCAAUCAGAAGCAAGGACUUCACUAGCUUAUAACAAAAACUGUCAUUUGUGGCUGAUGAAAAGUUUUGUGAAAUGGGGCCCUGUUCUGCUUUUCAGGGGCCAUGCCUCCUUCAGUUGUAUCCUGAAACUUUUUGUGUUCAUUGGUAACCUCGUGUAUUUAUUGUAAUUAACAGAAUAGGAAAUAGGUGUUGAUUCUAAUUUCUUUUUAAAAUUAAAUUUAAAUUGUCAAAUCUUGUUUAGCACCUUCCAGAACCUACUAUUAAGGUCUUGAGCAAUAGACUUGUCUACCGUUUUUAUGCAUUCUUUUUCAACAAAUGGUUCUCUUGACAACUAACAAGUUUGUUAGAGGCUUGUCCAACCUAGCAACAAUUAGAUGGAUCCACAAAGUGAAUUCCAUCCAUAGCAAUGCUAUUACGCAUACAAGGUGAAUUGUUGGUAUCCAGGUGUUAGGAGCAGAAACAUGCAUAAACUGAAAUAUAUUAGUAAACAGGUCUCUUGACAUAAAUGGACUUGAGAAUUGAGUAUGGACUUUUUACCCCCAUAAGAUGGGGAUAAUAAAUAUUAAAUAAGAUUAAACUCUACAAUUACUAGUACCUUUCACGUUAUUCAUGUUCGUAUGCAAUUUCUCGGGCAGGACUUGCUGACAUCAUGAAAGGGUUAAACAUUGACCAAGCGACGGUUGAUGGUAUUGUUUCUGUCUCUGUCUUCAGUUCAAUUCCAACUCUUUAAUGGGCAAGUCCAAGAUAUAUGCCAUACAUAACCAAGAAUUAUUGAAUUGUAUUACAGAAUUGUGAACCCAAUUUGAUAUCAAAAUACUGGUAGUUACUAGCUUGAAACAGUCACCAUAUAUACCGGUCCUAAAAUCUUAGAUCUUUGAUGAGAUAACCCUCCUGGCCAAACAAGUGCAUCAUUAGCCGCAAUUCCUUACAAGUAAAACUCUACUUGUAUUCUUUAUUAUUUUCAAUGUAAAACAGAGCAAAUGGAUAACAAAUAAAAACAAGAUAAAUGAAUAUUGUAGUGUGCAUAUUGUGUAUCUUUAUUUGUUUUAGUUUUUUACUUUAGACUAGUAUAAAUAACAAUGUUAAAAGCAAUUUUGAUAUAACACAUGUACAUAGUCAUUCAGGUAUACAAAUAUCAUAUAUGAUAAAAAUAACAUCUUAUCCAAGUUAGUACAAAGAGCCAAUUCUUACAGCAUGGAACUAGUAUGCAUUUCAGGAAUCAUGAUUAUAAGAAUACAAAGUAUUUGGGAAUAGAUGUCUUGUUUUUCAUAGACAAAAUAGAGGCUUUUUCCCAAAAUGGCACAAAUCUUGUAUGGAAUUUCAACUUUAAUAUUACAUUGACCAUCCUUUAAUACCUAAAGAUAUUCAAUUUAACUUUUAAAAAAUCCAUUAUUUUGACAUGGUAACGGAAGUAAAAUGUAGAUGAAUCUUCUGAAAACGUAUAACAAUCUAAGAAGGGGAAAGAUUUAUUUUCAAUAUUGAAAAAAAAAACCAACUAUUCAUUGUGUGGUACAAAUAACCUUUAAAACAUGAGUUUCAUCAAAAUAGAGUAGUCAUCAAAUUCCAUUCCAUUGUUGCUCACCAAACAGCAUACAUAUGUGUCUACUUGCCAUAAACUUUGGGCCCAAUUAAAAAAAAAGAUUGUCAAAAGUUCAAGAGUGACAAUCAUUCUAAUGUGUAUAUCGUUUAAAUAUUCAGCCUCCAAAGAAAUGAAAUUGUAUCAAAAACUGUAAAAGCAGAACUUUUCAGUCAGUGACAAUGCAGUCAUAAGAAUACAGCCUCUGUGCAUCCGCUCAUGGUGUUAGUAAUGAUUAUUUCAGUUUGCUAACUGUUUCCUAAAUUCUUUUGCUUGAUUAGUGUAGCUCAUUUAAAAAUAAAAUACAUGGUUAUACAAUUCCUAAAAAUGAUUUGCUUCUCAUAGACAAAUUUUAGACACAAUCUCAUCUCAAAAUAAUAAAUAUAAAGGCCUUUGGCAAGAACACUGGUAAAAUAACAAACUAAGGUU